GUCAUUUGAACAUGACUUAAUGGCUGCCAUAUUUACUUUACUUUCGACAAUGUUUUUUGUUCGUUAAUUUUUGAAAAAUUGUUGUCUGGUGUAGCUGCUUUUCUUGCCUGUUAAUACGUGCACAUUAAACAAAAUCUUUCAUUACUUCCUUGGCCUUUGACGCGAUCGUUCGUAUAAAAAAUGUUCAUUCGUUUUUUUAUUUAGUCUUCAAAAACAGAAAAAGAUAGUAAAAACUUCAAACUUAAUAUUUCAACAUCGUGAAAAAAUGUCUAAAUUUUGUUUUAAACCGUAAUUUGUGUUUGGUAGUGUAAUUUUUAUCGUUCAUUGCAACCACGCUGGGUAUUUGAAGUGCAGAAAAAGAGUUGUGUUUUAAAGAUUGUCAUUAAGAAGCUAAGCUCUAAAGUGAAAAAAGGCAACAAAUCAAACGUGAACUUCACAACCAUGGAUCUGGUGAAAGUAUGGCGUACGCUCGAAGAAGGGAUCACGCAAAUUUAUAAGCAAGAAUCCAGCCUUACCAUGGCUCAGUAUAUGGAUUUAUAUGUGUUCGUUUAUAAUUCGUGUGCCUUAGUCCAACAUGUACCAGAGUCCAAGAAAAAUAAGAUGAUAAUGUAUAGAAUACAUAAUUCAGGCACAGCUAAAAAAUACAGUUCUGAGCUGUUUGGUAGAGAACUCUAUAAACGAUUAAAGCAUUUUCUAGAGAAUUAUGUGACUGAGUUGUUAAAGAGUGGAUCAAAUUUGAUCGACGAAGAUUUAUUGACAUUUUACAACACAAAAUGGGUUGAAUAUCAUUUUUCAAGUACUGUACUGAAUGGCGUUUUCAGCUAUUUCAAUCGACAAUGGGUGCGUCGCGAACGUGAAGAACAUAAGGAUGUUUACGAUGUAUAUCAGUUGGCAUUGGUCACAUGGCGUGAAUAUUUUUUCAAAUAUCUAAACAAACAAGUUUCAAAUGCCGUACAUAAACUGAUCGAACGUGAACGUAACGGUGAAACGAUCGAUUCCCAUCUCAUAUCUGGUGUAAUCAGUUGCUAUGUUGAAUUGGUUAUGGAUGAAACAUAUCCGUUUGCACAUAAUUUGUCCGUUUACAAGGAAAGCUUCGAAGAUAUAUUUUUAAAAAAUACCGAGCAAUUUUAUUCAGAUAAAAGUGCUGAAUUUCUUCGACAAACCUCAGUUACAGAAUAUCUGAGACGCGUUGGAAAACUCUUUAAUGAAGAAUCAAAACGCGCCCAGGUUCGUUUACACAAUAACACACUCGGCAGCUUAACUGAAAUCUUCGAACGUGUAUUCAUCGAAAAACACUUAGAUAUAAUGCGUACUGAGUUCCGGAAGCUACUGGAAUCGAACGAAAAUAUCGAAUUGAGUGGUAUGUACACAUCAAUUUGCAAAUUGAAUUCCACAUUUGCAAGCAUAUUGGAAGAACACGUUCACAAAGAAGGUGUAAAAGUGAUUGAACAGUGUGGUGAUGCUGCAAUAAAUGAUCCAAAAGUAUAUGUGCAAACCAUACUUGAUGUGCAUAAGAAAUACAACGCCCUAGUAUCGGAAUCAUUCAAAAAUGAUUACGCAUUUGUAACUGCUUUGGAGCUGGCAUGUAGCAAAUUCAUAAAUAGAAAUGCAGUUACAACGACCAGCAAAAAUACAAGCAAGAGUUCAGAACUGUUGGCAAAGUACUGUGAUUUAGUGUUAAAAAAAUCGAACAAAAAUCUCGAAGAAGCCGAACUUGAACAUGCUCUCAAUCAGGUUAUUGGUAUAUUCAAAUAUAUCGAAGACAAAGAUGUAUUUCAGAAUUUCUACAGUAAAAUGCUGGCAAAACGAUUGGUGAAUUACACAUCGUCCUCAGACGAUGCCGAAGCAUCAAUGAUUUCAAAAUUGAAACAGGCCUACGGUUACGAAUAUACUCGCAAAUUAGAACGAAUGUUCCAGGACAUUGGCAUUUCCAAGGAUCUAAAUGAUAAAUUCAAAGCGAGAACCAAAUCGUCCGAUGUGCCAAGCGAAGUCGAUUUUAGCAUCCAAGUUCUGUCAAGUGGAUCAUGGCCAUUCAGUCAAAGCUUUGAUUUCCCUUUGCCACCCGAGCUAGAAAGAUCUGUCCAAAAUUUCAAUAAUUUUUAUGCGGAUGUUCAUUCGGGACGUAAGCUCGUCUGGCUGUAUAAUAUGUGCAAAGGUGAAAUUGUGACAAAUUGCUUCACAAAUCGAUACACAUUGCAGGCAAGCGCCUGUCAAAUGGCUGUGUUGCUACAAUUUAACGAACAAACCAGCAUAACUGUUCAGCAACUUGGUGAAAACACUGGUAUCGCUCAAGAAAAGUUGCUCAAAAUUUUGCAAAUUUUUUUAAAAACAAAAUUGUUUACGUGCUCAGAUGAUGAAAGCAGCUUGAAUGGUGAAUCAGUCAUUGAACUAUUUUUAGCUUUCGAAAACAAAAAAUCACGCAUCAACAUAAACAUCCCGCUUAAAAUCGAACUGAAGAUCGAAGAUGAAGCCACGCAUAAGCACAUUGAAGAAGACCGAACACUUCUGAUACAGGCAGCUAUUGUACGUAUUAUGAAAAUGCGUAAAAUUCUCGAUCAUCAAAGGUUGGUCAGCGAGGUACUCACACAACUUUCGACACGAUUCAUGCCCAAAGUUCCUGUCAUCAAGAAAUGUAUCGACAUUCUCAUCGACAAGGAAUACAUUGAACGACAGGAGACAGACAAACAUAGCUACAAAUAUCUGGCAUAGUUUCGCUCUACUUUGCACGAC